AAGAAGGAGGCGAAGGCUCUGCUUUCUGCGGUAGCUAGCUAGUUGUUCAUGAUGAUGGAGGAGGAAGAAUUGGAAUUUGCGGAAGAUUUGGAAGCGAUUUUGCACCUUACUCCUGAGGUGCAGUUGGCCAUCGAGCAGGUUUUCCCCAGUCAAGACCCAUUGGACAGAGCAGAUUUUAAUGCUGUGGAAUACAUCAAUACAUUGUUUCCUACUGAGCAGUCACUGGCUAAUAUAGAUGAUGUGGUCAACAAGAUCCGUCUGAAGAUUCGGUGUCUGGAUGACAACAUCAGGACGGUGGUGAGAGGCCAGACCAAUGUGGGCCAGGAUGGCAGACAGGCACUGGAGGAGGCUCAGGUAGCCAUCGGCCAGCUCUUUGGUAAAAUCAAAGACAUUAAGGACAAGGCUGAGAAAUCUGAGCAAAUGGUCAAGGAGAUAACGCGGGACAUCAAACAGCUGGACCAUGCUAAGCGUCACCUGACCACCUCCAUCACCACCCUCAACCACCUGCACAUGCUGGCCGGGGGCGUGGACUCUCUAGAGGCAAUGACGAGGAAGAGGCAGUAUGGAGAGGUGGCUAACCUGCUACAGGGUGUAGUCAACGUCCUGGAGCACUUCCACAAAUACAUGGGAAUCCCUCAAAUCAGACAGCUCUCAGAGAGGGUAAAAGUGGCCCAAAGCGAGCUGGGGACUCAGAUCCUGGCAGACUUUGAAGAGGCCUUCCCUGCUCAGGGGUCAAAGAGAGCAGGGGGACCCAGUAAUGUUCUGAGGGAUGCCUGUCUUGUGGCCAACGUCUUGGACCCCCGCAUCAAACAGGAGAUCAUCAAGAAGUUCAUCAGACAGCACCUCUCUGAGUACAUGGUGCUCUUCCAGGAGAACCAGGAUGUAGCUUGGCUGGAUAAGAUUGACCGGCGCUACGCCUGGAUUAAGCGUCAGCUGGUGGACUAUGAGGAGAAGUACGGACGCAUGUUCCCUGAAGAGUGGUGUAUGACUGAACGCAUCGCUGUGGAGUUCUGCCACAUCACCAGGACAGAGCUGGCCAAAGUGAUGCGGACACGGGCCAAAGAGAUCGAGGUCAAGCUGCUUCUGUUUGCCAUUCAGAGGACCACCAACUUCGAGGGGCUGCUCGCCAAGCGCUUCUCUGGGUGCACCCUCACCGACGGGCCCGGGGUGAAGAAGCCGGAGACACCACUGGAGUCCACCAACCCUUUCCUGGAGGACGAGAUUGGAGAGGAUGGUUCAGAGAUGGAGGAGGAUCUGGAUAGGCCCAAGAAGCACAAGGCUCCUGACAACCCCUUCCAUGGCAUUAUUUCCAAGUGCUUCGAGUCUCACCUCUAUGUCUACAUCGAGUCUCAGGACAAGAACCUGGGGGAGAUGAUUGACCGUUUUGUGUCAGACUUCCGGGCGCAGGGCCCCCCCAAGGCGGGCACGGAGGACGGUGGAGCGGUGCUGCCCAGCUGUGCUGACCUGUUUGUCUACUAUAAGAAGUGCAUGGUGCAGUGCUCUCAGCUCAGCACAGGGGAACCUAUGAUCGCCUUCACCACCAUCUUCCAGAAGUACCUCAGAGAGUAUGCCUGGAAGAUACUGUCUGGAAACCUGCCCAAGACUAGCAGUAACAGUGGAGGCCUGACCAUCAAGAGUCUACUGCAGGAGAAGGAGGGUUCGGAGGCUGCUAAGUUCACUCUAGAGGAGCUGUGCCUCAUCUGUAGCAUUCUCAGUACUGCAGAGUACUGUCUGGCCACAACACAGCAGUUGGAGGAGAAGCUGAAGGAGAAGGUGGAUAAGAACCUGGUGGAGAGAAUCAACCUGACUGGAGAGAUGGACACAUUCAGCAAUGUGAUCUCCAACAGUAUCCAGUUGCUUGUUCAGGACCUGGACGCUGCCUGUGACCCUGCUCUCACUGCAAUGAGCAAGAUGCCAUGGCAGAGCGUAGAGCAUGUAGGUGACCAGAGUCCCUAUGUGACGUCAGUCAUCAUGCACAUCAAACAGAACGUCCCCAUCAUCAGAGAUAACCUGGCCUCCACACGAAAAUACUUCACCCAGUUCUGCAUCAAGUUCACCAACUCUUUCAUUCCUAAAUUCAUCAAUCACUUGUUCAGGUGUAAGACUAUCAGCAUGGUGGGGGCUGAACAGCUCCUCCUGGACACCCACUCCCUGAAGACAGUGUUGUUGGAUCUGCCCUCUAUAGGCUCUCAGGUGGUCCGCAAGGCCCCAGCCAGCUACACCAAGAUAGUCGUGAAGGGGAUGACCCGCGCUGAGAUGAUCCUCAAGGUGGUCAUGGCCCCCCAUGAACCCUCUGUGGUGUUUGUGGAUAACUACAUCAAGCUCCUUGCUGACGGGAACCCAGAGACUUUCCAGAAAACUCUGGAUAUGAAGGGGUUGAAGCGCAGUGAGCAGAGCAGCAUGUUGGAGCUCUUCAGACAGAGGUUACCCACUCCACCCUCGGGGACCGAUGGAGGCCCCUCUCUCUCCUUCAGCACCCCCACCCCCGAGCAGGAGAACUCACGCAUACGCAAACUGGAGAAGCUCAUCAAGAAGAGACUCUGAGUGGACACACACACCUGCACUCACACACAUUACCAUACCACACACAAAUUAUUCCAGUAAUUCAUCUUGAAUACUUGUUCCUGCUCUGUUUAAUCAUAACAGAGAAUUGCAGGCAGAGUAAAGACAUGAUUGUUUCAUUUUUGUUAGGAGCAUUAAUAUGAACCUCGUGAUUUCAAAGUAAACUGUCGGAUUAUGAAGACAUGUCCUCAGCUGCAGAGCUGUUCGCACUUAUGACUCAUUUACUUCUGUAUUUCUUUUCUGCUUCUCUUUUUAUGACACUAAAUAUCCAAACAAAAUGUCGUUAAAUGUAGACUAUAUCAUACACACUAUGCAUUUUAGCAAAAUGUGUUUGCACUUAAAACAGAAUCAAGAGCUACUAAUUAAAAAUGGCUUUAGGAGCAAUUUGUUGCCGCUUUGGCACCUAUCCUCCCAGUCCCAGACUGAGAAUAAGGAACUUCAAUGUGUUUGAAGCUAACAUUUUCAGAAUGUUCUCCUAGUGUUUUCAGAAUGUCAUUGUUCUCCACCUCUCCAGUCUGUUGUAUUUUAUUGUGUUUCUCUUAGUUCCCUGUUCAAGUGGAGGAUGCAGUUAGUUAGGAGUUUGUGUAUGUUUCUAGUUUCCAACAGUCUCUGGGAGGAUGGACCACAUCUCACCAUGCAUUGCUGUCUCCAGGUUCUUAAGGCCCCAGGUCUGGGACAGAGAGGAUCUCUGUGUCAUGUCUCCUCAAUGGUUACAUCAAGACACCGUGGAGCUGGCACAAGAUAUGGGUUGGAAAACGUACCUCAAUGCAGGGAUGGGAUAUGCCACUGUACACCUCAGCCAUUUUGGAAUGGCAGUACCAGCCAAUUAGCUCCUUUGUUGUUCAAGUGACUGCACUGGCUACUGUUAUCUAGCAUGAGGACAAAAAUGGACUUUUCUGGGAAAACUAUUUGCAUUUCAAUCUUUUCAAUGGAUCAGUGCAACUAAAGGUACAAUUAGGAGUACAGUGGCAUAUCCCAUCCCUGCAUUGAGGUAUGUUUUCCGACCCGUAUCUUGACCCGGCUCCACGGUGUCUUAAUGAAACCAUGAUUGGGUUCCGACCUCAGUGCAGCUCAGUGUAAACCCACAUCUCUCUCUAGCUUAGUCCAGAGGUGUAUUCAUUAGUCCAAACAAAAACAAUUGUUUAUUUUGGACAAAUUCAGGUAGAUACCUCACCGUUUCGUUCAGUUUGCUCCCGUUUAAGAAACAUUUUGCAACGGAAUCGGCCUAAUGAAUAGGCCCAGUUGAGGUUAAACUUUUACAGGGGUAUUUUUUCCAGGGGGAGGCGAGGGGGAGUUCCCAUGUUUAGUUUUGUUGCCUUUCAUGUUUCCUCUCCAAUCAGCUGUGAGGGGGUGUUUCCUUUCCUCUAUUUCACUGCAAAACAAUGAAAACCUUUGAAGGUAGCGAAAUUUGAAGACAGGCUGGCGGGACAAUCCUCAAUCCCUUCUAUGCUCUUUUUAGGGUUGGUAUCUUCUGGCAAAUUUGAAUUAUGAUUGACAGGUAAUCUAGGCCUGUCAAACACAGGGUCCUGGAAUAACAGAAAAUAAAAAGGUUUAGACAAUAUAUCAUAAAUAGAAAACUAUAUAAUUGUGUGUAAUAUAUCCUUGUUCAACAGUGAACAUAUGAGUUCCUCUGUUAGACAGGAAAUUACACUGAGAAGUUAGCACAGUGAUGCUAGUGGAGAACAAUAAUAUAAGGAACACAGUUCCUUUUAAAUACUGUCAUUGAUCUAAUUAUUUCUACUGUUACCUGCUUCAGAUGAAGUAGUUAUUGCAUGUAAUAGCAAACACUCUGGAUCAGUGGUCUUUUGGAUCGGUUCAUAUAUACAGGAAAAUGUAUAAUUUGGUGGUGUAGCACGAGAAUAAGGAUGAGGUUUGAAUAAUAUGUGUAUGGUCAAGUAUCUAUUGUAAAUCAUUGAAGCUGGGACAUGAACGAUUGGUUUUGGAUUUCAUCCUUGGAAAGCUUUAUUAUCCCCACCCAAUAGUCCUGCAAAUUGAUAAAUGUAUGUAUAAUCUAUUCAUGCUAUUAUGCUUUUGAUGUACACAUUCCUGCCUUCAGUUCAUAAGAACAAAAACAUGUUAUUUUGUAUUGUCAGAGUAAUAGGCUACUGUAAUGGUAACUGUACUGUAAUGGUAACUGGUGAAAAGCACUAAUACGAGGGCUCCCGGGGGGUGUAACAAAAAUACAUCUGAGAACUAGAGGAGUCACUACAGAAAGCCUGGUUCGAAACCAAGCUGUAUCACAACCAGCUGUGAUUGGGAGGCCCAUGGGGUGGCGCACAAUUGGCCCAGCGUCAUUCGUGUUUAGCCGGUGUAGGAGGUCAUGAUAAAUACGAUUUUUUUUUCUUAACUGACUUGCCUAGUUAUAUAUAAAUAGUUUGCUAUCAUGUUUUUCUUGUUUAAAAAAAAAGUAUCAUACGCCUAUC